AUGGCACACCGGGAGAAGUACGUUCCAACAGUCGGUAAAUGGUUAAGGCAAAUCAGAAAGAGACUGAGGCCUAUUGCUGAACCACGAGGAACUGCAGAGAGAACAGGUAGAGAGCAGGAGGGACAGCCGUCAACAAUGACACUUUGGGACCUGUCUUUUAGUAAUGACUUUGUUCUCUGUGAUGCUAAUGUCUGGACUCCCAGUGGAAUUUAUUUUAAUUCAUUUACAGUUGCUGAUUGUCCAAGUGGAUGGCACAGUUUUGGUGAGUCAUGUUACAACUUCAGCAGUGACGAAUUUAGCUGGGCUGGAGCAUUCUCAAUGUGUAAGAUACUGGGAGGUUAUCUGGUUGAAAUCGAUAGCGAGAGUGAAGACAACUUUUUGAAUGGUGUGGCAAAACAAUUAAAUGACAAAUACUCUAGUUCACAUGGUUACGGUGUGUCGACAGUGAGCCCACCAGAUUUGACACAAUUAAUGCGCACCAGCUAUUGGAUCGGACUCACGGACUUGAAUGAAGAAGGUACCUGGGUAUGGAUGACCAGUAUAAAGUCACUAAACUAUACAAACUGGGAUGGAUGUAAAACCUGUGAUACCGGCUGCGACACAAAUUGUGCAGCAGGAUUGAUGUAUCCAAGUGGACACUGGCGGACAGAGAAAUGUUUUCGAGGAAGAUAUUUUGUUUGUGAGAUGGAUAGUGUUUAACUGAUUAAAGAAAAAAUACAAAUUUA